AUGUCAGUAAUAGAUCCUUUGCCUGUCCCAGAUCCCCUACCAUCGCGUGUACCGACAGCUGUUCUUGCCCCGUCGCCACACACGCCCUCUUUUGUGCUGGGGGCGGCAAACCGGUCCUACAAGCACCAAUAUGCGAGCAUAUACUUUGUACGCUUACAACUCCUUCGCAAGUUUGUUCUCGCACGCGCGCGACGGCGGUGGCGGGGCCUUUCAGGCAAUCCUGUCUUCGUUCCGCGCGUGCUGGAUGUCGAAAAGGGUAAUCUCUGCUACAUCAUUGGUACCGUGUACCUCGAUAUGCCUCUAAAACCGAACGUCCUUGAGGAUCUUGCUCGUGAUCACAGUCUGCCUGCUCCAGCGCCACGUCCAAAAUAUCACUCGGAAGAUGACCAAGUUACACUGGAGGACGAAUCUGGGCGAAUUGUUCUCGUUGGUGCCCCUCUGCGCGCCGCGCAACUCGUAACCGGCGUUGUGCUAGGCGUGCUCGGUGCCGAGACCAAUGGCGGUGAGUUUGAGGUCAUCGACGUGUGCUACGCGGGGAUGGCGCCGCAGCCGGAUUCCGACGUUAGCUGGGAGCAAAGCGGUGCCACGGGUGCCGCAGACGCCAUGGACGUGGAUGGUGCGCCCCGGCAAAUACAAAUCGAGGGGCAAGAGACAGAUGAAUGGAUUGCGCUUGUGUCUGGCUUGGAGAUUGGCGCGUCGUCUCCAGCGGAUGCGCAAAUUCAAAUGAUGGUUGAAUACCUCGCGGGCGAAGCGGGCGGUCUAUAUGAUCAAGUGACAUCUGCGCGCAUAUCACGUUUGAUAAUCGCUGGAAACUCUCUAGCUCCCAUCGUUAAUACCAACACGAACGAAGAGGAGAGAGCUGAACGGAAAGCGCGACGAUACGGGCACGACACAGCGAAUUUCUCACCACAACCGUCUCUGAUACUGUCCGAAUACCUCCAUGAUAUUGCACGCGCGAUGCCUGUGCACAUUCUCCCAGGUGCAUCAGAUCCAGCCGGCACACUCCUUCCACAACAGCCUUUCCCUCGUGCCAUGUUCCGUGGCGCAUCAGCCUUUUCAUCUUUUUCCUGCGAGACAAAUCCCACUUAUAUUCACCUUGGGCCUUCCGCGUUUGAUGCACUACAGGAGACAUCCCCGCAGAACACGAAAGGCAAAAAGGCCUCUACAUCCGCGUUCGCGUCUGGGGUCCCCUCGGCCAGCGGUAGCUGCACUCCCUCACGCACGCUACUCGUCUCGUCCGGGCAACCAGUUGAUGAUAUGUUCAAGUACCUUUCUUCGCCACCUGCGACGCGCCUCUCAAUCGCCACGUCUACUCUCCGCUGGCGGCACCUCGCGCCGACUGCGCCAGACACGCUGUGGUGUCACCCAUACUUCGGUGCGGACCCAUUCGCUAUUCGCGAGACGCCGGACGUGUACGUCGUCGGAAAUCAGCCUGGGUUCGGGACGCGAGUCGUCACGGAGCGUGGAUGGGGGACUGAUUCAGAUGCUGUCUCAGAUGAAGUAGAGGAAGAGGGGCUGGAGGGCGAGGGGAGGGACAAACGAUGUCGUGUGGUGCUCGUCCCUGGCUUCAGGGAGACGGGUAUACUGGUUCUUUUAAAUAUGCGGACGUUGGCAGUGCGGACAGUGCAGUUUGCGGUGGAAGGUAUGAGUGCUGGCGGCAGUGAGACGUGA